AUGGAAGCUUGGCUGCUAGACGCUGCCACGUCCUCCGUAUGCACACCACAGUUCUCCUUACCACUUAACGUGCUCUUCUUUGCUGAUGCAGGUCGCGAUUUCCGAGCAGCUGCAGCCACUUUUGACUGCGCAGGAGACGCCGACCUCAUGCCACGAUCCAACCCCUGCCCGUUCUUCGGUGCAAAGCUCGAUUCCACAGUCAGCGGCGGUAAUGGACCAGUGUACGGCGUGUAG